AGCCGGAAGUGGGAGGGGAGAGUCUAACAGGAAAAGAAGGGAAGAAGGAAGAAGAGGGUAGAGGAGGAGAGGGAGGAGAGGAGGGAGGUGGCGGCGCCGUAGCGGAGGAGCAGGAGCAGGAGGGGGAUGGAGAGGAGAAGGCUUUUGGGUGGCAUGGCGCUCCUGCUCCUCCAGGCGCUGCCCAGCCCCCUGUCAGCCAGAGCUGAGCCCCCACAGGAUAAGGAAGCCUGUGUGGGCACCAACAAUCAAAGCUACAUCUGUGACACAGGACACUGCUGUGGACAGUCUCAGUGCUGCAACUACUACUAUGAACUCUGGUGGUUCUGGCUGGUGUGGACCAUCAUCAUCAUCCUGAGCUGCUGCUGCGUCUGCCACCACCGCCGAGCCAAGCAUCGCUUGCAGGCCCAGCAGCGGCAACAUGAAAUCAACCUGAUCGCCUACCGGGAAGCCCACAAUUACUCAGCGCUGCCAUUUUAUUUCAGGUUUUUGCCAAACUAUUUACUACCUCCUUAUGAGGAAGUGGUGAACCGACCUCCAACUCCUCCCCCACCAUACAGUGCCUUCCAGCUACAGCAGCAGCAGUUGCCUCCACAGUGUGGCCCUGCAAGUGGCAGCCCCCUGGGUGCUGAUCCCACCAGGGGCUCCCAGGGGGUGCAGAGCAGCCCCUUGUCUGGGCCCAGCAGAAGCAGCACGAGACCCCCGAGCAUCACCGACCCUGAGCCCUCCGAUGUGCCAGCCAACCGAGCAGCCACCAAAGCCCCUGGAAUGGAGCCCAGUGGCUCUGUGGCCAGCCCGGCAGAGCUGGACCAAGGGGCCUUCCUGGACAAGGAUUCUGAAUGUAAGGAGGAGCUGCUGAAAGAUUACAGCUCUGAGCACGGCAGCACACCCCCUGACAGCAAAGACAAGACGCCUGGGAGACAUCGCCGCUUCACAGGUGACUCGGGCAUCGAGGUGUGUGUGUGCAACCGGGGCCACCAUGACGAUGACCUCAAAGAGUUCAACACGCUCAUCGACGAUGUUCUGGAUGGACCCCUGGACUUCUGUGACAGCUGCCAUGUGCAGCCUCCUGGCGAUGAGGAGGAAGGCCUCUGCCAGCCCUCCGAGGAGCAGGCUCAAGAGCCUGGGCACGCCCACCUAAUACAGCCACCCGCAUGCCUACUGCUGAACACCAUCAACGAGCAGGACUCUCCAAACUCUCAGAGCAGCAGCUCCUCCAGCUAGAAAAGGCCCUGCCUGCACCCAAGAACUCAGCAAAGCAACCAGGGUAGGGGAGAACCACGAGAAAAGCAUUAAGUGACUUUCAAAGAAAGUGGUACAGCCACUUUUUUUGUUGUUUGUUUUGUUUUUUCUUUUUUCCUCCUCCCCUGCAUUUUCCUGCAUCACUAGGUACAGUUUGAGGUAUAGAUGCCUCUCCCCUGACAAAACCACAGUGUUGUGGUGGGCUGAGAAGUUGGUUCUGUGACUCAUUCCUUGUACCCCACUCACAAUCCCUUUUUUCCCCUUUUCAGAUCAUAUCUCAUCUACCUGUUUGGUUCAGAGAGAUGUGUGUUUUAAAUGCCCCAGGGAAGGGGGCUGGACUUGCCCUGAGAUGAUUCUUGGUGAUGGAGUGGAUUUAUGCUCUGGUUUUUGUUUAAGAAAACUUUGCUUUGUCUCAGUCCAGGAGAGGCAGGCAUCUUGGCCCUGGGUGAAGGAAGCCCACAGAGGCCCAGAGAUUGUCACCUGUGGCUGCCAGCAUCCUUAGAGCUGGAAUUGGGCUGACCCUGUGGGAGGAUGACAGUGGAUGACCCUAUGGUAGGUUGGUAGGGGGCUUGUGGAUCUCUUCAAUUCCAUGUGACAAGCUUGGUGCACCACUGUGCAUCCUUGAGGGCUGCUGUCCAGCAGGCUCUGGCUGGCUGCAGACUGGUUCAGGUAUGGAAAAUUAUACUUCCUUCUCUUUGGUUUUUCUUUUAAAAACAACAAAAGCCAGCUGAAAACAAGAACCUUACCAGUGGGUAGACAAGAAUUCUCUUCUGGAAAAGGGAAAUUUAUGGCUCUUUCCCAAAUUGGCCUUCAAAGGGCCUGACUGGAGUUGAGCCAGAAGGAGGUAAUUUGUGUGAAGGCUUGGGUGGGGGCUAUCUUGGGAAUUUCUGUGAGCCAGAGGCCCCAAGCCAUGGUGGUGGAUAGAGGUGCAGCUUUCUGCAUCUUUGCCCUUUGGUCUGUGCCCACAGGUGACCAAUAUCCUCCUUCCACUCAAGCGCACACUCUGUGGGCCUUAAUGUCUCACUAUCCAUAUGAACAAACAGACUGAGAAAGCCGUGGGUCCUGAGAAAGGGCAGCCCCAAUACCUGGCUCUCACACAGUAUUUUCUCUUGGAAUCUGAAUAAAUUUUUUUUUGUUGUUGUUGUUUUAAA